AGUCCGAGGUAUAGAAACCUUUGCGUCAUCGAAACGCCAUAUACUCUGAAACGCAAUCUUUUGGUAAAACUCAAGUGCGAGGUUGCUUUUCGUUCAUAAUAAUUUAGUUGGUGAUAUUUGAACGGUUUGUUUUGUGGUUUUCAACUUUUGAGACCCAAAUCUAACCGAGCUUUCAUUUUGAAAUGGCAUUCUCAAUUGGUGUGUUGGUGCUUCUGGUGAUUAGUGGCAUCUGCGUCUCUCCAGUGCAUGGUUAUUCAUGCCCUGCUGUGGGUGAUAGUUCUGGAUUCGUCUGCCCGCAGAACUUUGAUGCCGUUGAUGAUUUUUACUGCUGUAGUGCGGGAAAAGAAUACCAAUUUUGUUGUGACUACUACGAAUACUAUGGUUAUGGAUAUCUCAGUACUGCAGCCAUUAUUGGUGUGAUAGGUGGAAGCCUUAUAUUGCUUAUACUCAUCAUUUCAUCGAUCAUAGCUUGUUGUGUCUGCUGUGCAAGGGCGCCCCCUCGCUACCCAGUCAGCACUCGUGUCCACACUACGACUAUCGCACAUCCUUGUGAACCCUCAGCACCCAUCAUGACCGUCAAUGCCCCACCGGGUUACUACACCGCUUCAGCCCAACCAGCACCACCCCAACCCCCACAAGGAGCCUUCGAAACCCCAAAACCAGGACAGUACCAACAGUUCCAAAAUGAACCCAUUUAAGGAGAAUAGUCACGAAUCUGUUCGGUAGAGUCUAUUCUCUGACUUAAACUAUUUCCCCAACAUUGUCAAAUUGUCAAAAAAAAAUUACGUUUGAAACAUUAUCGAGUACAAUGUUUUCAUAUCGGUUUACCAUUUAUUGUUUAGGAAAUUUGAAUAAAACAUGUGUCCAGCAUUUCAUGUUGUCUUUCAAUUUGGAAAGACAGUAAUUUUCUAGUCGAACAAUCACUUUGGGUUGGUACAAACCGACUGUUCCGUGUAGAUUCGUACUGUCAGAGUUAGUCACAGUUUGUUUGAUUGGACAGAGAUUCAUAUCCCAUUAUUGGGUAAUAUAAUUACUAUAUAUAUAUAUAUUAUUAUAAUAUAAUAAUUUUGUCAACGUUAAUUCGGUUAGACUUAACUAACUUGCUUUAGAUUAUAACUGUUUUGUUAGUUUGUACCGUUGAUCGUUUAUUCCCGCAACUAAAUCACGGGAUUAGUUUACAAAUCAGUAACUUCAAGGAUGAAAAUAUUUUGCUAACUUUUUUAACAUGGUGUUUUCUAUUAAAUUAUCAUUUUGUAAGAUUUUUACCACAACUUUAUAAUUAAAGCAGUGAUGAAAACGUAUUAUUGAUUGACUGACGACGAACUCUUCACUUAUUUUAAUACCCAAUGCAGUCCACAGUAUUGUUUAGUUUUCCAUCGAUAUUAUUGAUUUUCAGAUAGAGCCAACUGUAUUUUUAGAAAUCUUAUGGCACUUUGUGGUUUAUGUGUUUUGUUUUCCAACGGUUUUUAUUGAUUUUUCAGAUGAAAAGUGUAUUUCUAGAACUCUGUUUGCGGUUUCUGUUUGUUUUGUAAGACCUGUGAAUAGGGGAG